AUGGAGUUACGACAUCAAAGAGAAGAGUUUGCAGAUUCCUUGUCUAGAGAAGACUCCACGUCGGAUUCAGCACAAGAGAAUGAAACGGAAGAGGAGUUUGUAGAUCACACUCUUUAUUCACCGCAAUCUUCAAGUCCUUACAGCGAUAAUAUUCACGAAUUUCCCUCUAGUCAACAAUCCACGACAGCCUCAUCACAAGACUCUUGUAGCGAUUCUCCGCUCAUCCACCUGCACGAAACAAGUACUCAACAAUAUUCAGGACUGUUUCCAAAAUAUGGUCAAACGAUCUAUUGCAAAGAAGAAACUCUUGACAUUCUAAAACCCGACCAAAGUAUCGCGAUCACAGAAUCCAAGAUCAACAAGGGAAUAAAAACAAACACCUACCAGGCGAAAUAUAACGUGAAUGUCGUUCGUAUUGCCGAAGGAGAACUUUCGGUCUGGGAUGGAACCACUGGAGAACGAUUCAAGAAUGGGACAAGCUACCACAGAAAUGGUCACCAUCCGCUAUUCCUGAUGCGAUUCAAACGAGGCAAUUAUACCGUCAACAAGUACUUUUUGAAGCAAGAUGGAGAGUGGAAGGAGACCAACGGAUUCGGGUUCUACGCAAUACUGCAGGCAAUGGUGGAUGGGAAGGAUAGUGCAGAGAUGGUGGACUCCAACGAUGCUCUCCUGAACAUCCCAAAGACCAUUGGAAUAUCCCUAGACAUCUCAAAACCUGACAGAUCAAGCAUGUACUGCUACGAGAUGGAGGAGGACGGGUACAUUUACAAGAGAUUCACCUCCAUGGGUGGAAUGUCCUUCAACAAGGUGGUGGACGGCAGACACGUAAUAUGGAGAGCUUCCGAAGAAAACCUGCGAGAAAUAAAGGCGUUACGUGUACGAUAUCGCGCCAAGAACAAUCGCAGAAUGCUGGUAAUUUACUUUGGCAGUGGUGCCCUCUGUAAUGGCAAGCACAAGUACUUUGAAAAGGUAAAUGGAGAAUGGAUCGAGGUAAGAAAGGAGGACUACAACAUAAUGCACAAGAAUAUGCAAGACUAA